CUUCACUCUUACUAAACAAGCGUUGAUCGCAACAGCAUAAACAUACCCGAACCCCUCACUGUCACUUUUUACUUGUUUCCAUCAUGAACACCAACCAUUCCAUUCUUUCCAACACCAACACGAAAACAACCACCUUGGCACUGAUGAUGCUGGUCAUCAUUACCCUCAUCCAUGUACUCUGUAUUGAAACAACAUCGGCUGCGCCGAUCAUCGAAGCACGUGGUAUUAGCAGCUGCUACAAGAAGGGCAACGCGAAAUUGACAAUGUACUGGAUCCCCAAGGAAGGCGACGUGGACAUGCUCAACAAUGGCAAGACGGUCAAGUUGACUGGAUCCAAGACCAAGAGUCUCAAAACAAUCAGCGGCAAAACCAUUGCCAAAGUAGCGUCUGUGACGUACGAUAAAUUUCAAAUGGAAGGCACGGGUCUUUUGAAGAGUGGCAAGAUGGUCAACCUGGGCGCAAACAAGAACGUUUUCAUGGAACUCGACCGCAGCGAGACACCGUACGGACUGGGCGACAACAGCAAUGGCCUUGUACCAUGGGUGAGCGUUGCUUCCAACGACAUGAAACGAGGCACCAAGCUCUACAUUAAAGAAUUCGACGGACUCAAGCUCCCGAACGGCCGUACCCACAAUGGAUGUGUCCGUGUCGAUGACAAGGGCUGGUCCUUUUCGGGUUGUCAACUGGAUUGGUUUACCCUUCAAUAUUCGGCUUACAAGGAGUUGGUCGACACAGUCGGUGAUGAGAUCACGGUGGUUGAGAAAGAUUCUUGCCAACUCAAGGAUUACGUGACCAAGACUGUCCAGAAAUGGGCUGUAUUGUAGCUUUCACCUUUUUUUGAAUAUUUUUUUUUGUAAGGAUUUGUAAAUAUUACAAAAAUAGAAGAAAAAGCAAAUGUGUACAAUUUUUUAUAAAGGAAC